AUGUCGUGGGACGACGAGGACUUUGACGUUUCUGCUAAAACUGCACCAACCGCUUCUUGGGAAGAUGAGGCUGACGACGAGCCAGUGAUGGAGUCGUGGGAAGUCGACGAAGAGGAAGAGGCCAAGAAGAAGAAGGCCGCAGAGGAUAAGAAGAAGGCCGACUUGAAGAAGAAGCAGGACGAGGCUAAGGCUAAAAAGCAGGCUGCUAAGUCUGGUGAGAAGAAGCUUUUGGAUAUCGACACUGUUGAUGAGAAGACCAGAAGAGAAUUGUUGAAGAAGGCUGAAAUUGACGCUGACUUGAACAACGCCGCUGACUUGUUUGGCGGUUUGGGUGUUGCUAAUGACAAGCUCGAUGAAUUGACCGCUCACCCAAGAGAGAGAGCUGCUGCUGCUGCCGCUGCCAAGCAAGAGCCUUCUUUCACCAAGGAUACGCCGUUGGAGCUGCACCCAUUGUUCCAGCCUACCAACAAGCAAGAGUUCGAGAAACUUAGAAAGACAUUGGCUCCUAUCUUGACUGGUUUGGCAAAAGACUCAUCAUUGCUUUACUCUUCUAACUUGGCCAUUGACUUGAUUAGAGACCUCGUGCAGCCAUUGUCUGUUGAAAGCACGAGAAAGGUUGUUUCUACAUUGAACGUCGUGCAGAGAGAGAAGGAAAGACAGGAGAGACAGGCUAGAUUACUGAAGGCCGGAGGAACCGCCACUGGUGGUGCUGGUAAGAAGAAGGCCAAGCCAUUGGUGAAGACCAAUGUCAACGACACGCACUUCAAGAAAGAUGCGCUCGAUGACUUGGACAACAACUACGACGACUUUGGCGAUGACGACUUUAUUCCUCAGCAUUAUGAACUACCGACUCGUGAACGCAUACCAAAGAAACAACUAGAGCAAUAUAGACACCAUUUGAAAGGGUACCAGAAGAAGCGAUUCCAAGAUUUUUUACGACAGCUAAAUAUUCCCGAUUUGAAAAUCUUUGAUGAGGAUUCACCAAAGUACGAUGUCUCGAGAGCAGAGGCCAACUAUAAGGCUAGAAGCAGCACUGACAAAGGUGUUAUGUUCAAUGUCUUUCUUAAUGAUCGAUACAAUUUUAAUGAAAUGCUUGACUUUCUAGUGCAUCUUACGCCAGACCGUCUCAAGUGUGAAGAAACAGUGAGUGAUCCAAGUGCACUUCAAUAUGUUUUAAAGCAGCAAGAUGAUGAGUAUAGAAAAAGCAAGUUUGUGGUUCCUCGGUACCACUUUCAUGAGAUUCCUCCAUUCCCUGAACCCUUGACUCCUGAAUCGUUCCAAGAGUAUAUCUACUUCCUCACGCAUGUCAAGAUUCCUUUCAAGAAUUCGUCAUCUUUACUCAGUGGUAUCGUGCCUGAGAUCUUACUUUACACGCAUCUGUUAGAUAAUGACGAGUUCAAGAAUCUCAGAUCAGUCGAGACUUAUAAUUACCUUAUCAAGUACUUUGGUUAUGACAAAUUUCAAGCAUCAUUUGCGAAAGAGCUUCUACUUGUGAUGGCUACUGAUGGGAAACAGCCCAAUUUAGAAACCAUCAAUGAGCUUCUAAAAAUUUGCAGGGUCCAUUCAACGCGAAGAUCGCUUUUUAGCUCCUAUAAGAUUAUCCGAAGAUACCUUACUAUCAUAAAUCGGUUGAAGUUGGGUGUCAAUCUCACUACCUGGCUAAGGAUUUAUGAAUGUAUCACCAAUAUCUUCUUAAGAGAGAUUUAUGUUAACAAAAUGGCAACGAUUAAUUUGCCCAUUCUGAGCCAUAUGUGCGUCCGGGUUCUUGAAGAUUUUUGCCAGACCACUCAAGAUACACAAGAAGUAAUAGAUUUCUUGUGCAACGAGCUUAGGCGUCCCAGCUGGAAGCAAUACCCCAGGCUCGCAGAAAAAGUGAUUUUGCACAUUGUCUCUAGGGCAAAGGAUUCCUCGCAGUUGAAGCCAGCAUUUGAAUUACUUGAACAGGUCGAAAUUGAUGAGGCCACGCUUAAUGCAUUCAGCAGAACAGUUCUUCAGAACAAGUCUUUGGAACAACCCACACUCAUUCUUUUAUCUUUAUUUGCACGUUUCGAACAUAUGGUGAACACAGAAUCUGCCGACGUUUUAUCUAAUUUACUCGUGGCCAUCACUACCGAUAACAUUGAACUUUCCCAAGCAAGUUUCCUACUUCGAUCGUUUGUCCACAAAGAAGCAGUCGAGAAGUUAAACUUGCCGGUUGAGUUUGACAGUCAUGGCGACGAUCCGAGAGAACAAGCUCGGCCUCCUAGCUUCCAGCUCAAAAUCCCGAAAACGCAUAUUUCAGAGCAUUACCGAAUCAUGAAGAGAUUGACGAAGGACCAUUUGACUGACUUUGAAGCUCGCAUCUUUCACAACUACCAUGAUGGACAUUCCAUCCCUUGGCAGCCACUCACAGAUCAAGAGAAAACAGAAUGGGAAAAUUAUAAACAUAAAUUGAAGAAUGCUGACCCCUUCUGGUUGGACGUUGAAACCACAAGCCGCGAGCUCGGUCUUCAACUGGCUGCGAAAAAUACCCCACCGUAUGUCAUCGAUACCUACAGAAAGGCGAACGCGAUCAGGGCCAACGUCAGCCGCGGUGCUCAUUUGGUCCGCCGUCUACAAACCGGGCUUGAUGAACACUUGGAGAAUGAACCUCUGAGUAUUGAUCUGUCCAACGACACUAAUCUAUUCCCGAUGGCAAGGUUUGCAAAUGCCUACUGGUCGCCUGACUACAGGUCAGGAAUUGAGCUGCUUUCCAAGCAGCUGCUUACCUCGCUCAAUCAGCUCCAUGAACUCAGACGGUUUAUAUUCAACUAUAUGAACUAUCACCAUUCAAACAGUGGUUACAUGGCAAAAUUGGCCAAAGAAAGUCUUCCAAUGGAUAGCUCGUUCCGGGAAGAAAGGGAGGAAAAACAUAUAUUAAGUGGAUCCAAGAAGUCUUCACAAGAACAAAAGCCAAGAGAGGUCGAUGUUAAAUACGUUUUCAAGGAGUUCGUCGAUAGAACAGCAUUGGAGCUGCAACUUCAACUAAAUGUGGCCUCAGAGAUAGAAUCCGAAGUUCUUGGAAAGAUUACUGGCUUCAUCAAACUUCAUGAGCCCCAGAUCAAAUCUACGCUCGAUCGAUUUGAGGACCUUCUAGACGACUACGAUGAAUCUCGACGUAAGAUGGAAAGAACGAAAGGAAAGUACGAUGAAAUGGUUCGCCUUGGAGAGCUUGAAGGUCACGACCACAGAAUUGAGCAUGAUCCAGAUGAAUCAGUUUCGUCAGUGCCUGGCACUCCAGAGAGGCCAAAGCAUGCGUAUGAUCUGGAGGACGAGGCGUUAGAGGAUGGGCAAUCUCAAUUGAAUCUAUCAUUCCCUCUUCUACUUGGCGGAGGACUUAAAUUUGAGUCUCCAGACAAGCUACAAUCCUUUUUGGCGAGGGCAAUCGCCAGCAUAUCCACAAUUAAACGUAAAAUACCCUUUCCGGGCUACAGAAACGAGAUAUUCAGCAGCGACCAGUUGUGCGAUUAUUUGAAAUCACACAGGCCCCAUGGCUUCAACCCUACAAGGUCAAAUCUUGAAAAACUUGGCCAAAGUCUAAUUGAUCGGAAACUAAUUGUCGGCUUUGGCUUGUUUAGCCAAAAGUUCAAAAGUGAGGGAAUGUGGUUCGAAUGGUCGCAAGAGGCCGUUGAAUUUACUGAGUUGAAGAGUCACAGAACUUCGUCAAUUUCCAGUGUGGCUCUGCCGUCUUCAAUUUCUCGCCUCAGCAUUGAAGAGUCUUCAAGAAAGGUUAAUGAGGUCGCCGGCUCGACGUCGAAGCGCUUCAACACAAUGUUCAAGAAUGUUAAAUCUUCGCUAUUGAAGCCUAAGUACUCUGAAGAGGCGAUUCACGAAUUGGAACUGGAAUACAAUGAAGCGUACGAAGAAGUACAGAAAGUGAAGCAUCUUCUUGAUAUGGAGAUCUUCCAGAAAUCACAAAUCUUUGAAAGAUUUGAGAUGGUUAGAAUCGAGGUGACGUAUCAGAGUCUAACAAAGCUUCUGGAAGUGCUUUACAGAAACUCCGCUUCGGCAGUCUCAUCACUACACAAUUUCACGUCGAACUUCAUUGAGAAACUCAAUAAGCCUCAUAAUUACGAGAAAGAUCUCCACGACCUUCUUCAAAGCAAUAGCACAGGUAUCUAUUUUCCUGCAAUUGUACUGCCGCAUCAUGGACUGAAGGAACACUUUGACCCCAGCCUACUCAACACAAGCUUCCAGAAUAUUAAGUUUACAUUUAACUUAUACAAGGAUAUCCCUCUUCAGGUCAAGAAUUCCGAUGUUGACAAUGAAUCACUAAUGAGUACGAGGUCACUUCCCCUUCUAUUAAAAAGUUUGGUCGAAGCAACAUUUCUGGCUGACAAGUCUGAGCUUAAAGAGCUUUGGAUUGCCCCAAUAGAUCAUCAAGAGUAUUGGCUGUUGAAGCAAGAAGUGAUUCAACUCAUCCAGGAGUUUGACCCACCCGAUGAUCUCAAUGUUCAAGAUGAGAAGGCGGUCGAGAUAGCUAUCGUUAAAAAGGUCGCGGAGCGACUUUCAGCGGCUUCAGCAAACAGUCUACUCAAUUUCUUGAAGAACUGGCUAUUGGAAACGAGUGAUUCUGUAAUACCUUGCACGAUUUAUGAUUCGUUGCUUAAUCUACACAAGGAUUCCAAGGGUGAUACCGCAAACGAGAGCAUCAAAGUGCUUUCUUCAAUCCCAAGGAGCAAUCUUUGUUCAUUGAUAUUUAUUCUUGAGAGUGUUUCUUUCAUUUUUGGACUUCAAAGUAUCGAUGAAUACGGCCUGACAGAUGAUGUGGCCAUACAAGAUCACGAGGAAAUUGACGUGGCGCCUUUUGUUGAACAGCUCAACUCUAUGGACUCGAUAGGAUCCGUUCCAUUUCUUCAUCUCAUAUUACGGCCGUCUGUUGUAAAGAAUUCAAGCGGUUUCAAGCCACCUAAAGAGGCCUACAAUGCUCUUCUCCUGACGUUGCUUGAUAUCAACGUAAGGGAAAAACUUUGCAUUGCUUUGAUAACCCACGAAAAGAACUUUUUGGAAAGGACGAAACGCCAGGAGCAAAAUCUUGGUAUCAACAAGGGGGCUCGAAUUGCGUCUAAAGAUAACAGCGCCACUCGAAAUGAUACGCCCAAGGUCGAAAUCCAGGCUGAAACACCCACAAAACCAACAAAGCAUGUCUCAUCACCAACUCCAAAGUCACCAAACCCCGUUUCAGGAGACCAGUUCUCACUUAGACCUUUCAGGACGGGAGUAACACCUAGGCCAUCGCCUGUGAGCUCACCUGUCCACACUAAGCGGUUUACAAACGAACGUUCGAGAAAUCGAAGUGACUCUGGUCAUCUUAUUUCUAUAGACAAGGGGGACGAUGAAGAGAAUGAUUAA